AUGAUUGUUCUUUCAAAAUAUAAUGAAACUUCUCAAAAUAACAGUCCUGGUGUUUUACAAAGGAAGGCAGAAAAAUCCACAGGUAUUUUAGAAACAACACCAGGAUGUCUUCGAGGCAUCCGUAAGAAAGUUAGUAUUAUUUUUGUAUUGGAAAAUUUGAGAACCAGAGGAAUGGAUUUUGGAAAGAUGGAAUUGCCCGUUUGGUUUUGCGAUAAACAUUCUACUUGGGGAGAAGAAAAUCUUAUGUCUCUAGAUGAGAUGGAUAGUAAUGACACUGUUUCUCUUUGUGUCAAAUUUGAAAUUCAGGAAUCUAUUCUAGACACAUUACCAGAGAUUAUAAAUCCUUUUAAUAAAUUAGUUAAUUCUCCAAAAUUUUCUGACAUUACUUUCCGUGUAACUGAUGAUUCUGGACGUGACAAAUUAUUUUAUGCUCAUAAGGGAAUUCUUGCUAGUUCUUCACCAGUUUUUGAAGCAAUGCUUACAAAUGGAAUGAAAGAAACUUUUGAAGAUGAAAUUCAUUUAUGUCAAACAAAUCACUCAGCUUUCCUUGCAUUACUUACUUUUAUAUAUACUUUUAAAGUUAAUAAUACUUCAUUGAGCAAUGCUGAAAAUUUAUUGGCUUUGGCUGAUAGGUUUGCUAUUGUUUCUGUUCGUGAAGAAUGUUUACGACAUUUCCGUUUGGAAAUGAAUGCUGAUAACGUAUGGGGAAUUUGGGCAAUUGCUGAAAAAUUUUCUUGUGUUAAAACUUCUGCUGCAUGUCGAGAUUUUGUUGCUCUUAAUCUGGAUACUCUAUUGGACAAGCAAUCAACACUUUGUGCUGAUCCAAACAUUUUAUGUCUCGCUCUAGAAAAUGAUGAAGCUAAUAUAACUUCUGAAGAAAAAAUUUAUGAAUUUGUUGUUCGAUGGGCAAAUUAUUCAUACUCUAAUGAUUCAUCUAGUAAAUUAUCUACUGGAAAAAAUUCUUCUAAAAGUAUAAGAGUUGAUUCUUUACCAUCUGUACCAUCCUCAUCAUCUGUUUCUAUGCCUUCUGAACUUCCAAAAGGUACCAGAGAUUCUAGUCAAUUAAUAGAAGGUAGUAAAGUGUCUGUAGAUCAAGAUUUAAAUAAAUUUCCAAAACCUUGGAAAGGUGAUAGAUUGGCUGCCCUUCCAUCUUUGCUAAAGUGUAUUAGAUUCCCAGUGAUGCAAAAACGUUAUAUAUUUGAAAAAGUAGAGGGAAAUGCGAUUGUUAUGGCCGCUGAAGUAAUGAAAGAUCUUGUAAUUGAGGCAUAUCGAUUUCAUUUAAUGCCUGAUGUAUCUAUUCAUCCUACUAAUAGGACCAAGCAUCGUAGAAGAAAGACAAAGAUCAUUGAUUAG